GUCUAUUAACUCUGCAACAACCGCCACCGCCACUACCACCCCAGCUAUCGUAAACCGGCCUCCCGUAAUAUCCAAUAUCCGUCAUAACAUCUUGGCGCGCAACUCUCACGGGAUUCCUCUCAGACUUUGCUCGGCUAUUCUGAUCCUGAUUGGGCCGGUUGUCUCGUCACUUGGCGUUCAACAACCGGAUUUGCUGUUUAUCUUGGCCACAACUUAAUUUCAUGGUGCUCUAAAAAGCAAACUACCGUGGCACGCUCUAGUGCUGAGGCCGAGUACCGUGCUCUUGCCUCUGUUGCUGCGGAACUCUCAUGGACACUUCAACUUCUUCGAGAACUCCAGAUCACCCUCCCCUCUCCUCCGAGACUCUUAUGCGACAACAAUAGUGCCAUAUUCAUUGCUUCCAACGCGGUCACCAAAUCUCGCUCCAAACAUAUUGAUAUUGACUAUCAUUUUGUUCGGGAACUUGUUGCUUGAAAGGUUAUUAGUCUCGGCUUUGUCCCCUCACACCUACAGCUGGCAAAUGUUUUCACAAAAGCGGUGGCCAAAUUGCAGUUUUUAUUGGAUCGUGGCAAGUUGUGCGUUUUUCCUCUUUCUACCACGUCAACUUUGAGGGGGGAUAUUAGAGGAAAAUCUGAUUCCUCAGAUUAUGACCAAGAUAUCAGUGAUUCUCCACAAUUAUGACCAAGAUAUCAGUGAUCCUCCACAAUUAUGACUAAGAUAUCAGUGAUUCUCCACUAUUGUAGUGGUUUAUUUUCCUUGUAUAUUUGUUUCCAUAUUUGUAUUUGUACAGCUACCUUGUAUCUUCUGUCUAUAAAUGAAUAUCUCCUCACAGCAUAUUUGCUGAGGCAUUUCCUUUACACACUCCAUAAUAAAUAAUAAUCUAUCACUCUUCUUUGUGCUCCGAGGUUCAGAUCUGAGCACUCACAGAAAUGGCAGAGGUUACGAUAAUGCUGCUGAAAGUUGACCUCCAGUGCUCAAAGUGUUACAAGAAAGUGAAGAAAGUGCUUUGUAAAUUUCCAGAGAUACGAGACCAAGUUUACGACGAGAAGCAAAACACGGUGACGAUAAAAGUGGUUACCUGCUGUCCUGAUAGAUUGAUGCAAAAGAUAUGCUGCAAAGGCGGUAAAGCAGUCAAGAGUAUCGAAAUCAAGCCACCUGCAAAGCCCAAAGAGCCCGAGAAGAAGAAAGAACCAGAGAAGGAAAAGCCCAAGGAGCCCGAGAAGAAGAAAGAACCAGAGAAGGAAAAGCCCAAGGAGCCCGAGAAGAAGAAAGAGGCAGAGAAGCCAGAAGAUCCCAAACCAACAAAACCAAAAGUUGUUAUUGUCGACCCACCACCGAAACAGAAGCCACAACCACCCAAGGCGUCUGAUCCAGCACCAACUCCCAAGGCUAUUGUACCAGCAACAACUCCCAACGCUCCUGUACCGGAACCGGGUUACCCACCGGGCUACCCGAAUUACCCAUUUGGGGCGUGCUGCAGGGAGUGUAAUGGGGGGCAUGGAGUGGGGCCAUGUCAACAGCUUGGUUAUGGAAGACCUAUAUAUUAUGAUGGUUAUUACGGACGGCCGGUUUAUGACAGUUGGGGCGGCGGUGGCGGUGAUUGGAGUAGAGGUAAUUGCAGGAGUCGUGGAGAUUACUUCUGUGAAGAAAAUCCUUCAACUUGCUCAAUUAUGUAA